AUGCAUAUAAUACCUUCCCCCUUGGUUCUGCUUGCGUUGUAUUACAAUCGCUCUGGAUUUCCAGUGAACUAUGUUAUUCUUGGACUGUUAGAUAUUUUAGCGUCUGUUGCGGUCAGUUUGACAUGUUGUUUUACCAACGGGAAAGUGAAUUUGGUAGCUGUGAUUUCAACAACUGUGGUGGUUGUGAGUCUCACUCUCUACACAUUUUGGGCUUCAAGAAGAGGCCACAAAUUUAAAUUUCAUGGGCCCUUCUUUUUUGUUGCUAUUGCUGUGCUUCUGGGCUUUGGCAUGGCUGAGCAAUGGUAUCCUGACAUGGAUAAAUUGUGGGUGAUGAUAUAUGGAUGUGUAGCGUCGAUCACUUUCUGUGGGUACAGCAUAUAUGAUACGAGCGAGCUCAUCAAACGCGGGUACAUCAUAUAUGAUACGAACGAGCUCAUCAAACGCAAAUCCAUUGAUCGAUAUAUUUGGUCUGCUAUGUCAUUGUAUCUGAGCAUCAUCACUCUCUUGCUCGAGCUGUUAACCGUCUUCAGGGCUGCUGAUGGUGAAGGAGAUUUUCUUCAACAGAUAUACACAUCCACUUUCUUUGAAUUCAGAAGCAACCUUACUCAUACUAACAUGCAAGUAUGA